CAAUCAUCUUUUGUAGUUGUACAGGUGGUAACCGGUUUGUUCAUUUGGGAGUGAAGGGUUGAGAUUAUUUUUGGAAAUCCAAUGGCUAGAAUGAUUUGGGGGCAUCAUGGUCUUCACAGCCGAACCACCCUCGUCCUCCUCUUCAAAUCCAUCCUUCUUUCCUCUUCGUUCUCACCGUUUCCCCUUCUGUUUCUCUUUCUACAUCUCACAAAUUGAAGGUCGUCUCUCUCAAUCAACAUCAAUUCAACUCACCGACGCCGGAUUAAGGUUCGACAAAUUUAGAGAUGGCAAGAGUGGUCCUCUUUCGCCUUGUUCGAUCCCAAGCAUCCCAUCAUCAUCCCACUUCCACAAACUUCCCCUUCCUCUCAGUCUCAGGCUAUAAUCCAUGUAAGUUUGGGACACGUUCUCACUUGCAGAGUGCCAAUAACAUCCUUAACUCUUCUGCGCAAUUUCCUGUUGCUCAAAAAAGAUGGGCAUCCCAAUCCAGUGCAGCAGAAGAUCACAACAAAUUCGGCAUUGCACCCCAUAGAGGGGGAGAACCUAAGGACGAUGAUAAGGACACCAGUGGGAUAGUUUAUUACGGUCCAAUCUCAAAUACCCUAAAGCACGUGAAGCUGCUCUCUCUUUCCACCUGCUGCCUAUCCGUAUCUUUGGGCCCUGUCAUAACGUUCAUGACAUCAACUGACACGAAUGUGAUCCUCAAGGGUGCAGUGGCAUCUUCAGUUAUAUUCUUCAGUGCUUCGACCACCGCUGCUCUUCACUGGUUUGUGAGCCCUUAUAUUCACAAGCUGAGGUGGCAGCCCGGUUCAGACAGCUUUGAGGUUGAGAUGAUGUCAUGGUUGGCAACAUUUGUUCUGAAAACCAUUAAGUUUGCGGAUAUCAGGAUGCCGGAGACAAACAGGCCUUAUGUGACAUUUAAAGCAAAUGCAUAACAUUAUGCCAGGAAACACAGGACAACCACGCCAUUGCCAAACGUUCGAUGUAGUAAUCCUUCUUUUGCUCUCCAAGGAAAGGCGAAGUACUGUAGACCAGGCCAUUGUCGAACGUUUGAUGUGGUAAUCCUUCUUUUGCUCUCCAAGGAAAGGUGAAGUCCUGUAGACCAGGACAUGUGCCAUGGCGCAAAGACUCUUUACUUGUCUAAAAGCGAGGGAUGUUCUUAAAAGAGUUGCCAGGGACGGAGUCAUAUAUAUAUUCCUCACCAUAAGAGUAAUCUUGUACAAUAUGAUGACGCUGCUAAAGAUGAUGACUAACCUAGUUGUGACUCAGGCUAUGAGUAGGUUGGACUGAACCAUGUAAACCUAAGGAAGGAGGCAAACCAAACCCGGAAAAAGCACCUCCCUCCUGGCUAGCUAGCCUUGCAAGAGCGGGUGUGUACGUGGGAGAAUAGAACUGAGCAUCAAGGCUGGCUGCAAGAAGCCAAAUCUAGAAUUCAACUGGAAGUACCUUCUGUCAUACUUCACUAAGUAAUACUCCCUCCGUUCCUUUUUAAGUGUACUGCUUCGUAACUCCAACUUAUUAAAAAGACAUCAUCAUUACACUUUUCACAUCAACUUUUUCUUCCACUUUCCCUAUUUACCCAUCAUCAUUACACUUUUACUCACUAACUUUUCAAAAUAAAAUUUACUUUUAGGGACAAAAUAGACAAUACACCAACUUUUACCUCCCUAACUUUACAAAAUGGACACUUAUUAAGGAACAGCCCAAAAUGGAAUACUGGACACAAAAAAAGGGACGGAGGGAGUAGGAGUAUACGUAUUAAUUUGAGUUCAAUGUUCCUGUGCCCAGAUUUUU